AUGGCCGACCAGUUCGACGAGCGCUCAUUCUGCUGGGAGUGCUAUUGGCCGAACCUGGACACCGACAACAACAACAACACUGCGCUGUCGUCCGGAUGCGUCGAUGCGAGCUGCUGGAACCAAGCCGACUUCUCGCACCAGUCUUUUGAUCUAUGUGGUACCGGCACAGAGUGCUGCGACAACGAUCAGUGCUCUCCCGGCUGUGCCACCAUAUGCGACGGGUUUGUGGACUGUGACAAGUCAACAGCCUGCUCCGAGCCUCAGUGCAACGACAUGAACUGCAACAACCAGGCAACGGCCUGUUUUGAUAUGAACUGCGUCACAGAGGGUGAACAAUCCCUAAGGUCCCUCGAUCAGGGCCACUUCUUCAACCAGGGCAUACCGCUCAACUGGGGGUGUCUGGAUCUACAAAACACUGCUGCUGCUGCUGCUGCGACACCUACCGUCACAACCUCCGCCGUCAACGAUGUCUCCUCCCUACAACAUUGCAAUCUCGACAACGACAAGCUUCGAUCGCACUUUCAUUUCCACCACGUUGGAUCUAUAAACUCGUUGGAUAUAAAUUCAGCUUCAAAGGGACUCGGCAACGGAAUCAUAGACCCUAAACACUCCCGACCUGUUAUUGGAACGCCAUGCUCAAACCAUGCUGGAAACGUAUGGCCCAUGGCCAGCACCGCAGGAGAUUGCAACAAUAACCUAAACAAUCAUAAUAAUACCCAUCACCCUUACCUUAAUCACAUUCACCAAAGGGGAAAUCUCGACAAAGCUUUCGACAUUGUCCAGUGGUCCUCUCAAAUGCACCGGCACCGACACGAUCCAUCCUUUCAUUCGCAAACAAGCAGUGCAGGCUUCAUACACGAUGUCAUGACCAAUAAUUCUACUGUUUCCACCCGUUCCACUCCUGGUCUAAGCCUAGAGUCAAGCCCAAUGACUGCUCUAACAAGUCGAGAAGUUAGCAUACAGUCGAUGGACUAUAGCGGUGAUGAGCUGCAUAUUUGCAAGUGGGUUGCAAAUGGUGACUCAGGGCUUGUAUGCGGUAUCACCUUUCCGGACGCAAAAUCUCUUCAGGAACAUCUUGUCCAGGAACACGCCAACCAGACUGAAGGCGCUAAGGGAACCGGGCAUUAUUGCUGCUGGGAAGGCUGCCAUCGUCCACAUGAGCCUUUUUCACAAAAAUCAAAACUCCAAGGCCACUACCUCACACAUAGCAAUUGUAUGCAGUUAUCCCAUAUCCUCUCGAAUCCAAACCACCCAUGUAUCAUGUCUAACUAUUUUUUACAGAUAAAAACUUCCAAUGCUCUAUAUGUGGGAAAUCAUUUGCACGACAAGCGACCCUGGAGAGGCAUGAACGCAGCCACCGGGGAGAUAAACCGUAUAAGUGCAAGAUAUGUGGAAAAGCUUUUACGGAUAGCAGUGAACUUAAAACUCACAGGAGAAUACACACGGGAGAGAAACCGUUCAAGUGUAAACAUCCUGGCUGCACUUUUGAAACUGGCGAUGUAA